CGCCGCCGCCGUCUCUCUUCCUCUAUCCAUCUUCAUUGUCGUCAGGAGCAGAAUUUAUAUGACUUGGUUUUGAAGAGCCUAGCCUGAGUCACUCUCUGCAUUAUUCCUUUGAGGUAGAAGUUGGGUACCUUGGGCUUCACUCAGAUGAGGGUGACAUUUAAAUUAUGGAGGCAUGCUUGUAAUGGAGCCACCAAGCUUCUCUCAUUGUCGCUUGUGAAUACUCUUUCAUUUGCUAUUAGUUCAAGACCAUUUUUACUUAUCAAACCAUAAUGGUGAAUGUUUAAACUUUCCAUGUCUCCUUGCUCUGAGGAAAGGUGAUCUCCCUUGGAAAUGUUAUGGAGAAACAGAUGGACUUUGUUGACAGUGUCAAACCAAAUUAUCAGACCAUUGCCUUCUGCUUCAUUUCACUAUCAUUCUUGGCCAUUUCCAAGUGGAGUUAGUCAAAAUAAGAAGAUUUCUUGCAACAAUUCUGAUCCAGAAUUUCCUCAGAAAGGCAAGCAACUUCUGAAUGGUCAGAUCAUAUGUUCCACUUUAUCAAGCUGCCCAUCUGAUUUAAUUUCUUUGAGCUUCUUUAUGUGGUGUGCCCAACAACCCAAUUACUUUCAUGAUGUGGCAGCAUUUGAUUGCAUGGUCAGUGUGGUUCGACGCCUCACUGAGCAGCAUAAAACUGUCAAAGGAAUUGUGCUGGAAUUGGAGACUGUUGGAUGUAUUAUGAAGGCAAAAGUUUUUUUGCUUUUAUUGAGGAUUUAUUGGCACGGAGGAAUGUAUGACAUGGUUUUUGAGGUGUAUGAGCAAAUGAUAAGUUGUGGGUUUGCAGCUAACACAUUUGCAAGAAAUGUAGUAAUGGAUGUUUUAUUUAAGAUUGGACAAACUGAUAAAGCAUUGAAGGUUUUAAAAGAUACUCAGGCCCCAAACUUCUUGACCUUUAAUAUUGCACUACUUCAUCUUUCCAAGUCAAAUGAUGUUGAUCUCAUUAGUCAUGUCCUUAAAGUUAUGCUAAGGAUGCAGUAUUAUCCUAAUGCUAGGUCAUUUGAGAUACUUCUCAAUUGUUUUUGCAAGAUGAAUAGGUUUGCUGAAGCAUAUCAAGUUUUGGGUCUCAUGAUCUCUUUCGGGAUUGCUAUGUCCUCAAAAGUUUGGACUAUACUUAUCAACGGAUUUUGUAAACAGCAUAGACUUCUUGUUGCCAGCAAUCUGUUGAAGAAGAUGAUUGAAACUGAUUGUUCUCCUAAUGUUGUGACAUAUACCACUUUGUUCAAGGCAUUUAUGGAAUCCAAAAUGAUUGCUGAUGCUUUUGGGCUUUUAGAUACUAUGGUUUCCAGAGGUCAAAAUCCUGAUAUAAUUCUUUAUAAUGUCUUAAUUGAUUGCCUUUCAAAGGCGGGAAUGUACCAAGAUGCUAUUGAUGUUUUUCUAAAUUUGUCGAAACAAAAUAUAGCACCUGAUUCUUAUACUCUUAGUUCAUUGUUGUCUACAAUAUGCCUUUCUAAAAAGUUUAAUCUUUUAUCCAAACUAGUUUGCGGACAUGUCGUAGAUGCUGAUCUAAUGUUCUGCAAUGCACUUCUAAGCUCUUUCUGUAAGGCUGGGUCUCCAUCUCUUGCUGUGGAAUUAUACAAUUAUAUGGUUGAUAGAGGUUUUUCACCAGAUAAGUAUACUUUUUGUGCAUUACUUAGCGGACUUUGUGGUGCAAGAAGAAUUGUUGAGGCAAUAAAUGUGUACCGUGGUAUUGUUAUGAGUUGUGAUGAUGUUGAUGCUCACAUCCAUACCGUGUUAAUAGAUGGGCUUAUCAAAAUUGGUAAAUAUCACAUUGCGAUUAAAAUGUUCAAAAACGCAAUAAAUGAGAAAUACCCACUUGACAGUGUAUCAUAUACAGUUGGUAUGUGUGGACUUCUUAAAGGUGGAAGAACGCAAGAGCUAUUUGUAAAGAAAAAGAUCGUGAAAUGGUCAAUUGGAUGCUACAAGAGAUGA